AUGGUCUUUGUUCCUAACUCAGCUUCUGUGCUUUCUGGUAUGGCUUCUCCUAGACUCCUUCACACACAUUUGCCUUAUAUUCUUCUUCCUAAUUCAAUUAGGAACUCAGGUUGCAAAAUUGUUUACCUUACUCGAAAUCCUAAAGACACUUUUAUCUCAUUUUGGCACUAUUUCAAUAGCACCAAAGUUGACACAUGUGGUACAGAAAGACCACUAGUGAUUGGUAUCAAACAACAAAUUUCUUUGGAGAAAGCAUUUGAGUCCUUCUGCAAUGGAACUUACCUUUAUGGACCUAUUUUUGAUCAUGCCUUGGAGUAUCAUAAAGAAAGCUCAAAGAUGCCUCAGAAGAUAUUGUUCAUGAAAAAUGUUGAGCUAAAGAAGGACCCAAAGGGGCAACGGAAAAAGUGGACAAAAUUCUGUGGAGGUGUUGUUGCCUGGAGAGACUCAAUAACUUGGCGGUUAACAAGCAUGGGGCUUGGUGUCACUGGGGAUUCAAAGAAUUAUCUAACAGCAGAGAUGGAGGAGCGCCUUGAUCAAAUUGCCCGCACGAAGCUGGAAGCAUCUGGACUUGAAUCUUGA